AUGGAACCUCCCAUCAACUGGAAGCCUGCUCUCUGCCAAGUGGAGUCGGCCGGCGUAUGGUCACCCUACCCCCGUGAUGGUUUUCCAGCAGUUACCCAUCCCAGUUGCUAUCUGCAUCACCUGAGCGGUUUGUACGAAAUCUGCUACCACAUUAGUCAGUGUGUUUUCGUCAACGACAAUGCGAAUAUCAACCCCGUCGCGCGUGACAGUCUGGAAGAGCUUCAUCAUGACUUAACGUUUUGGUACAAAACUCUUUCAGACUGUGUCCAAGUUACGGGAGUCAAAACACCCCAUAUUUUGAGUGUAUAUGCCCAGUAUAAUUGGGCUGUGUUGGUAUUAUCAGAACUGACAUUGACUCUGCAGGCUGAGGAUGAAGACGACACAACUCUCGGUCUUCUCGUCCCCGUUGUACGAGCCCAAAACAGGACUUCAGCCCUGGCCAUAGCCGACCUUGUCCAUCUUCAGUCCGUGAACUGGGGCGUCGACCAUAUCCCUAUUAGCUUUCUCCAGCCAGUCAACGCGGCCUUGUCUGUCGUCGUCAACGAUAUCGAUGGCGAUCAGUGCAAAUCGUCCUUUGUGAAACUGGCUGUAGCUUUGCACGGUCUGUCUCGCCGUUCGGUUUCCGCAGAGAGCAUGUUGCGUGUUCUACAUCUCAGACUACGUCAACUGCAGUUCAUGUCGUCGAACGGUGUUGAGAAGAUGUUUAAAGACGUCGAUGUCCAGUUUGAAGGCAGUGUUUCUUCACCUGCUGUUGGCGUGGCGGCCGCAAACGAAGCUGCAACAGGAUUUGGUGACGGCCCGAUGGCGGAAUCUUAUGAGACAUUGGUGGAAAAAUGGAGCCAGUUUCAUACUAGAACUCCCUCUUCUUCAGGAUCAUCGUCCAGCUGGCAGGACGACUAA